AAGUGGACUCCGAGCCCGGAGACGGAAGCCGGCGCGGCCCCGUCGCCAGCCGGCUGCUGUGCUGGCUUUGAGGCUGGGCUGGGCUGAGCGAGCGGGCGGGCGGCCCAGGGCGGCGCCAUGAAGCUGUACAGUCUGAGCGUCCUGUACAAAAGCGAGUCCAAGGUGGGGCUGCUCAAGGCCGCGUACGAUGUGUCCUCCUUCAGCUUCUUCCAGAGGUCCAGUGUUCAGGAAUUCAUGACCUUCACUAGUCAACUGAUUGUGGAGCGCUCGGCGAAAGGCAGCAGAGCUUCGGUCAAAGAGCAAGAGUACCUGUGCCACGUCUAUGUCCGCAGCGAUGGUCUUGCGGCUGUGGUCAUUGCUGACAGCGAGUACCCAUCCCGGGUGGCCUUUUCCUUGCUGGAGAAGGUACUAGAUGAAUUCUCCAAGCAGGUCGACAGGAUAGAUUGGCCCGUAGGAUCCCCCGCCACCAUCCAGUACACGGCCCUGGAGGGUCACCUCAGUAGAUACCAGAACCCCCGAGAAGCAGACCCCAUGAGUAAAGUACAGGCAGAGCUAGAUGAGACCAAGAUCAUUCUGCACAAUACCAUGGAGUCUCUGUUGGAGCGAGGCGAAAAGCUCGAUGACUUAGUGUCCAAAUCGGAAGUCCUGGGAACGCAGUCGAAAGCCUUCUAUAAAACCGCUCGGAAACAAAACUCGUGCUGCGCGGUCAUGUGAUGCAGCCCACAGAGGCCGGUGCCAAUGAUGUCCCCAUCGACUGCUUCGGGAGGAGAUGCCCUGAGGACCCAGGCCAAGUGGACUGGUCACUUUAUUCUGAGCUCCCCGGGGGAACCGAGGGACAGUGGAAGGGUGGGGAAUGUCCAAGUUUGUAUGUCUGUUGUGAAUUUUGCAAAGAAUCUGAGGCCCCCAAAGGUGUAUUUUUAGGAAAAUGAAACUAUAAACUCUGAGCGGCUCCUACAGAUGCAGACAGGUGUGUUCCUGCCUCCUGCAGGCCCCUGGGAGGCCGUUUGGAGCUGGCCCAGCACCCUUGGCAGACAUCUUGGGGUUUCCUGUAGGUGCAUGGUAUUAACUCCAAGAAGCAGGCGGGCGGGUGGGCUGAGCAGAGCUCGAGGCCUGUGAGGCUGCUCCUGGGCCUGUGGUUCCCGCCCAGGCCUGUAGAGGACACUAAUCCUGGGUCCCCUUACAUUCUGUCCCCAUGUGUGCCCUGCCUCUGUGCCUUCGUGAGGACAGGGCCCACCGUGGGCAUCUCUUACCCAUGGCUCCAAAGGGCUUGGACGGAGCCAAGGUGGACAUGUGAGCAGCGGGGCGGCCUGGGUGUUAGACCCCUGCUGGGAGUGUUUGCCCUGGGGAAGAUCAGAUGCAGGUGCCCUCAGGUGCCCAGGGGAGGCAGACUGGCCGUGAGCAGGGUGACUGGUCAUCAGGAUGAAAGGGAUGGGUGCUGUACUCUAAACAGUUCUUAUGUCCCCCUGGCUACCAGACUGUCGGGGACCCGCCUGGAACUUGUGCACAUAGAGAGUCUGUCCUGUGGGCAUCAGGAGGCUGUGUCAGAGCCAAACGAAGACUGAGCCCCUACAUCCCCUCCUUAGCCCUGAGGCCCAGCCCCAAGCCACACCCGGCAGUACCCAAGAUGUCCAUAUGGAGUGUCUUCCCUGGGAAGCCCCUGUGGGAUGCUGUCACCCUCCCCUGCUGCCUGAGGGUGGGGCAAGCAAGGGUCACUGACCCUUUGGAGCAGGAACCUGUUGCUGCCUGAGGGCUCUGACCUCCCCUGGACUGGUCUGUGGUCACUUUUUCCCACUGCCACACGCUGACACCUAAGCUGGGGUAAGGUGCCUGGACUCCGAGGGGCAGGGAUGAGGCGCACUGGGGAGGCAGGUGAGGGUGGGGGUGAGCCUGGGAGAGUGGAGGGGACCUUGGCGUCUCCCUGCUGCCUGUUGUAUUCUAACGUCCAAUCACUUGGCGAGACUGUUUUUAAUAACUGCUACCUAACUUCUCUGUGUCCUGUGUGAGAGGUUCCUGACUGGAUAAAAAGGUUUUUCUGAGAUUCCAAA